CGUCCCUCAGACAGAAGACAGCCUGCUGAACGAACACAACUAACGUAUCCUGUCUCUCCUUUUCCUGAACCAAAACAGAGCAUAUUUAUCUGUAACAGGUUACUCAUGCUUGAGGCCUGUAACAGAAUUUUGGAGGCACCGCUGGGAUCGGCAUCUGACGAGGGCUGAUGUUGAUCCUUUAAUCUACGAACUACAGGCAGAGAUCACAGGACAGGCCUACUGGAGUGGCUGGUGUGUGACUGAGGCAGCUACGGGACCACAGCUUGCGAGAGAGGGGACCACAGCUGGAGGAGUGCACUGCUGGUUGGCCGAGGUGACUGGAUUGUGAGACAUUGCUGACCAAUGACAAUAUGGAGGACGCCGAAAGAAAAGGACUGACCUGGAAGAUAAAGAAAAGCCUGCACACCCUGACCGCAGAAGAACUGUUUCAGGUAGCUGGGAACAUUCCACCGGCUCUAGAUGUGGAUUUUUCAUGUGUAACUGAGGGUGACGAAGAGAGUUGCUUUGAUUAUGUAUGUUCAUACAUGGACUGUAAAACAUUACUUGAGUUAGAGGACCAGGGACUUUCUUACUUAUUGUCUUUGAAAGAUGAUAUUACUGAGCUAAUUUCUCGUCGUGUUACCAAAGUCAGUCAGCCCAUAGUAUCAGGUAAUGAGAGUUUUCCACUAACAGCAACAUCUACGCCCACUCUAGCAGCUCAACAGGACAGUGUAGAGAGUCAUGUUGUUGACACACAUCCUGUUGAUCCAGAAGCAGUUGAGUAUCAAAAGCUAAUGGCUAACUAUGUGGCUCUAGUUAUGAAGUUAGCUGAGUUUAAGACUGCAGCACCAGAAAAACAUACACCUACCUUCACUGACACACAGUUAUCACAUCCCAGAACAGAGAAGAAAACUGAUAGUCACCCCACAACAGACCCAAACAGCUUCAGGCCUGAUAAUAUGGUUUCCCUAGGAGACCUAUCAUUCCUUCAGCGCAGAGAGUUUAAAGUACACAGCGGUCAGGUUGGAGACCAUACAUCAGACAUCACUUACCAUGGGCUAUGUAAGCAGAUUGAUGAGGGACGCAAGCCAAACCACACAGAGGGUGAGAUCAUCCAAGGUGUGCUCCGCAUCAUCAAACCUGGACAGUUUAAGGACAUGUUGAUCAACAAGGACGACUUGACUCUCUGUGAGCUUAAGAGCUUCCUGCGUUCACACCUGAGUGAGAAGAGCGGCAGUGAGUUAUUUCAGGAGUUGAUGAGUACCAAACAAUAUGAUGAGGAGAGUCCCCAACAGUUCUUGUAUAGGAUAAUUGGGCUGAAACAGAAAGUUAUGUUUGCAUCCAGACAAGAUAACAAGGACAUUGAAUAUGAGCCCCGCACAAUCCAGAAUGUUUUUCUGCGCACCAUUCAUCAGGGCCUUCUCCCCAAGUAUAGCGACAUUCGCAAUGAGCUCAAGCCACUCCUGUCUGAUUACACUGUUCCAGAUGAAGCACUGAUAAGGCAAGUGAACAAAGUAUCAAGUGAGAGACAGCGGAGACUAGGACACUGUGCUCGCCAAAAGGUAACUCACGCUCACAGCGCUCAGCUUGAGUCAGAGAAGGACACAGAAAAACAAACAGACUACAAAUCAAAGAAUAAAAAUAAGGCAGUAGAGGAGCUGAGUGCAAAGGUUGAUGCUCUGACAAAGAUGCCACAAAGACCCCUGACAAAACAUGCCAGUGCCCACACACCAAGCCAAAACAAAUAGCAAAGCAAUUUGGUUGCCCAAACUGUGUUGAGAAGGGGGCCAGUGUAUGUAACCAUUGCUUCAUAUGUGGUGAAGGAGGCCAUAGAGCAGUUGGAUGCCUAAAACGGGGGCAAGCAAAGAACGUUGGCAAGCCAGCUGCUGAUGCACACUCACUAAGCAGCAGACAGGAGCACCCCCCCAAAUCAGAGACACAACAAGAAGAACCUCUUCAUGUCAAGUGUGUAAUUGCCCUGGUCGCAAACACAAAGACUGAAGUAAAUGAAAAAGUGGCUCAGCUUGUGGGAAAGAAAUGUAAGAUAAGGUGUUACAUUCACAGCUAUGCAGUGGACUGUUUAUUGGACUCUGGUGCCCAAGUCAGUCUCCUGGACCGCCAGUGGGUGAAGACCUACCUUCCUGAUCACAACCUGCGUCCAUUGGCUGAACUCCUAGGAGACAAGGGUCUCAGUGUAAUAGCUGUCAAUGGUGAGCCAUUACCUUAUGAUGGCUGGGUGGGGGUGAUGGUGAGUCUUCCAGGCAACAGCGACCCCAACUUAACAAUACAAGUACCUUUCCUCGUGAGCAGUGUACCCAUGGACCGUCCCCUGAUUGGUUUUAACGUGAUUGAGCAGCUGAUAUUGGGGCCGGAGGAGGGAGAAAAUCUGGUACCUGCCCUUGUGAAUCUCCUUCGUGAUGCAAUGAGUCUCCCAGAUGACAACGCAGCUGCGCUAGUCAACUUCAUCCAGGCGAAGCCCACCAGUGACAAUGAAGUGAGUCAAGGUGCGUUGAAGGUGGGACUGAACAAUGUGGUUAUUCCAGCUGGUCAGGUCAGACAUGUUAGGUGUAAAAUACCACCCACAUUUGACACGUCACACCCUCUAGUACUUUUUGAACCCAAUGAGAGCAACCCACAGUUACAGCAGCUAGAUGUUGGUGAUAGCUUAAUAGAGAUUAGUCAGGCUAAAGUCCCCUAUGUUAGAGUUCCAAUUGGCAACCACACC